UAAAAUCAGAAAUCUUUCUUUAAUAGGACAAAUAAUAUGAAUAUACCUGAUAAGAUUAGGCUGAAGAUUUUGCUAAUGUGGUAAAAUCAUCGGUAAAAUUGUAAAAUUGGAUUAUGGAAUCUGCCUCUAUGGUUAUCAUUUUAAAAUUCCGAAUUUGUUACAAAAUGGCGUCAUUCUGAGCAAAAGAUUUCAUUGAAAUUCUUGAACGAAAAGUUGUGAAAGCGCGCGUAUUAUUUGAUUGAACGUCGGUGAUAAAAGUUCGCGAUAUUAAUUUACUAUUAUCGUUAACUUGAAAUGUUGGACGAGCCUAAUUUGAGUGUUAUUGUUUCUAAUAUUAUCAGUGAAAAUAGCUACAGCCAUUGCAGGUUAUGUCUCAAAGUUAUUCAAGACCAUUACGUCCGUUUUGACGAUGCGGUCUCCGUAUAUCCCGAAGAGGCCACUUCUCAAUCUUUAGCGGAAGUUCUAACUAAACUUCUGGGUGAAAAUAUCUGUGAUGAAAUCACUGGAAUUGAAGCUGUAUGUCCUGACUGUGUCGACCAUGCACUGUCUUCAGCACGUUUCAUGGACAAAUGUCAACAAUCCCUAUAUCUCCUAAACCAAGUGUUUGAAAAUCUAACAGAAACUCUCAAUACUGAUAUUGAUACAAGAGAUAAAAACAAGACUUUAUAUUUAUUAAUUGAGAAUGUAGAAUCUAAAGCUCUUGUUGUAAAAAAGAAAAGAGGAAAACAAAAUUUGAGUACCAUAAAACAUCCCUAUGAUUGCCAUGCAUGUGUGGAGUAUUUUGAUACUGUAUCUGACCUCAAAGCUCAUAAUUUAACUAAACACGAUAUUUUUACUUGUACAAUAUGCUUGGAAAGGUUUGAUAACGAUUCUGACUUAAUUAAUCACGGUAGUCAUAACCACAAAUACAAAUGUCCCGAUUGCCCGCAGUACAGAAGCACGGAGGAAGAGCUGCGGGACCAUCAGAAAAUGAUGCAUUGUUUCUAUGUAUGCAAGGAAUGUGGCAAAUCCUGUCGAGGUUUAGACAAACUACAAGUACACGAAGAAAAACAUAGAGUUAAAAAUAUUUGUCCAAAAUGUGGAAAAUUAUAUACAACCAGGGAAUUUUAUGAAAGACAUGUUAAGCUAUGUUUAGAAGAUUUAAUAGAUCCUCACCCAAUUAGGAGUUCUAUGGAAAAGUCGUUUACGUGUGAAAAGUGUGAUAAGGCCUACAGCACACCGGGUGGUUUAAGAGUUCAUGAAAGAUUUGCUCAUGGCAAUGCCAAGCCACAUGUAUGUAAAGUAUGCGGUAAACAAUUUACUGCACCGAGUUAUUUGAAGGUCCAUAUGGUUAAACAUACGGGGGAAAAGAAUUUUAAAUGUGACAUUUGUGGUGGUAGGUUUGUUUCUAAAGAGGCAUUGUUAUACCAUACAAGACGUCACACUGGCGAAAAACCCUACCAUUGCAGAAUAUGCAAUGAACGAUUCGUGAACGCCUCCGCAAGAGCUGAGCAUAUAAAGUUCAAGCAUGUGGGCCCUACAUUAAUGUGCGAGAUUUGUUCACGGAAAUUUGUAACGACACAUUUCUUGAAGCAACAUAUAAGUAGGCAUCACGACCCGACCAGCAAGCUGUACUAUGGGAGGAAUAUGAUACCCCCAAACUUGCCUGUAGAGCAAAACAUGAGAAGAUUUAUUAUUUCUACUGAGAACUAAGUUGAAGUAAUUGAAUUAUGAUUAACUUAAAAAGCCUUUGGAUGGUGCUUUUCUGCAAGCUAAAUUAACAAAAGCAUAUGUACAAUGCUAUCCUGCUAAUAUUAUUAACGCGAAAAUUUGUAUGUAAUAUGUAUGGAUGUCUGUUGUUCUUUCACACAAAAACUACUAGAGGGAUUUGGCUGUUUAGAAUGGAGAUAGAUUAUACCUUGGAUUAAUACAUAGGUUAUUUUUUAUCCGGGGAAUCAAUGAGUUCCCAUGGGAUUUUUAAAAACCUGUAUCGAAGUUAUGGGCAUUGGCGAGAUGCAAAGGCUCUAGUUUUGCUUAAACUUGUAUUUAACUAUUAAUAUGAAGUUAAAUGGAGGUUAAGUGAUAUAUGUAUUAUAUAACAUAGUAUUUAAUAAUUUGGUUUGUAUUAAUGAAUUAAAAAUGGUUGAAAAUAA